CUCAAUCCAAGGUUUGAAAAAUAUUAACUAAUUAAGCUAUGAUGGAAACAAUGCAACUACAAAUUAAAGUAGUGCAAGAAAUGCAUUUACCUUCUUGAUUCCCAGUCAACAUGUAAUUUUUCUUUUUCCUUCACUUCCGGCUUCGAUGGCAACAUAAUUCAAGUUCUUCUAACACUACUCAGUACCAUAAAAAUCUUCCAACGCUGACGGGCAGACCAUCUAUUGCAUGGUCCGGAAGGAGACAACAUAUUAGACAUGGAUAGACAGGAGAAUACUGCAAAUGCUGAUGAACAGAGUAACUCUGUUACCCGCGCAAAGGGUGGGAUAAAGACCCUACCUUUCAUCCUUGCAAAUGAUAUGUGCGAGAAGUUGGCAAUGAUGGGAUUCGUUAAAAAUAUGGUGAAUUACUUCACAGACCAGUUUCAUAUGCCGAUUACCAAAGCAGCCAACACUGUGACUAACUUCAACGGAACUCAAAAUUUGACGCCGUUGCUCGGUGCCUUCAUUGCCGACUCAUACGCCGGAAAGUUCUUGACAAUUGCUGUUGCCACCGUUAUAUAUAUUCUGGGAAUGUCUAUUCUAACACUAUCAGCUGCAAUGCCACGGCUGAGACCGCCUCCGUGUGGAGGAAACCAGGUCUGCAAAGAAGCCGAUGGAGGACAGGAGGCAAUUCUAUGCGUAUCUCUUAUACUGGCCGCCGUUGGGGCUGGAGGAAUCAAGCCAUGUGUGGCAGCUUUUGGGGCGGAUCAAUUCAUCGACGAGGAUCCCCAGAAGCAAUCUAACAAAACAAGUGUUUACUUUAACUGGUACUACUUUAUAAUGGAGGCAUCAGGUCUGAUAGCUGUCACAGUGCUUGUGUAUGUUCAGGAUAACAUCGGAUGGGGGUGGGGACUUGGGAUUCCGACAAUUCUGAUGGCAUUGUCGAUUAUCCCGUUUGUGAUCGGUUACCCACUUUACCGGAAUCUGGCUCCAGCAGGGAGUCCUUACAUGCGGCUGUUACAGGCUGCCAUUGCUGCAUUUAGGAAGAGAAAGGCUUCUACGGUUCCUGAUCCAAGAUUGUUGUACGUAAAUGAGGAGCUCGAUGCCUCAAUCUCUGCAGAUGGGAGUCUGCAUCAUACUAAACAAUUGAGAUUUCUGGACAAGGCAGCCAUUGUAACUGAAGAAGACAGCAUCAAAUCCUCCAAUAAGCCAAACUUAUGGAGACUGAACACUGUACACAGAGUCGAGGAAUUAAAAUGUGUCAUCAGAUUGUUACCCAUAUGGGCGGCUGGGAUUCUCUUCUCCACGGCCUCUGUUCAGCAAAACACAUUCUCUAUCCAACAAGGGAAAACCAUGGACAGAAACCUUACAAAGUCCUUCAAAAUCCCUUCUGCCUCCAUGUCCAUUUUCACCACCCUGUUCAAUCUCUUCACCAUAGCUGUAUACGACCGCCUCUUCGUCCCUCUUGCUCGGAAAUACACCGGCCAUCACCAAGGCAUAAACCAACUACACAGGAUGGCCAUAGGUCUCUUCUUAGCCAUACUAGCGACCCUGGUUGCUGGAUUUGUGGAAAUGAAUCGAAAACAUGCAGCAUUAACAAAUUCUAAACACCCCCUUUCGAUUUUUUGGCUUGUGCCACAAUACAGCCUUCAUGGUAUUUCCGAGAGUUUUCAUUCGGUUGCUCGUGUACAAUUUUUCUAUGACCAAGCUCCGGAGAGUAUGAGGAGCACAUGUUCUGCCCUGUUUUGGACGGCGAUAGCUGCCGGGAAUUACAUGAGCACACUUCUUGUUAGUUUGGUGCACAAGUACAGUACCGGAGCUGACGGAUCGAAUUGGCUUCCUAACAAGAACUUGAAUAAGGGGAAGUUGGAGAACUUCUACUGGUUGCUUACGAUUUUGCAAUUGCUAAAUUUUGUAUAUUUCUUAUUGUGCACAAAGUUUUAUACAUUCAAAACCCUUGAGAGCGAGAAAAUAGAACAUGAAGAGUUAAGGGAAGAGGCUGUCGAACUGGGAAUAGUAAGCUAGCUGCCGAGCCCCCAACCCAUUGGGCCUCGUGGCUUGAUGAAGUUCAAUCUUGAAUUCAACCGAGGCUAGAAACUCUUAUGUGUGGGAUUAAAAUAACUUAUUUUGUAGUUCUUCUUGUAAGUUGCAGCACACCUUCCUCGAUACAUUCCAAAUUUCCUCGUGCCCUUGGCUCAAAGUUAAUCGAUUUUCUCUAGAUAUUUAAUUGUAAUAAUGGUUGAGUUUCGGACAGGAUAUCUUGGAAUAUUAUUGUCUCACUUGACAUUACUGUUCUUUAUUUCUGCGUUAGUAUUUAAGAAAGAGUUUUUUUUUAU